CGGCUGGAGCAGUCGCCUGCCCCGGCCGUUCCCUCCAGCACUGUCCUUAUUUGGGCGCGGUCCCCUGUGUCGCGAGGGAGGGCGACUGGCCCCCUCGGACCUGGUGCGGACUGCCGGGGGGCGGGGAGGAUGGAGGGUGGAGGAUGCGGAACUUUCUAGAAAACGGCCCGGCGGGUUGGAAAGCCCAGCAUCCUGCGCCGCUGCUGAUCCCUCCUCUCCACCUGAGAAUGUGCAGGAGUUUAAAACUUCUUCUUUGGAAGAAUUUUACCUUGAAGAAGCGGAAGCCCCUGGUCACCGUGCUCGAGGCCCUCGCGCCGCUGCUGUUCUCCGCGAUCGUCAUGUACCUUCGCCUCCACAGUGUGCCCAGGAAACGGCCUCCUUUGAACCACCUCGCCACCAACAUCAGUUUGCUGCCAGCGUUCUUCUACUUCCCCACGCAGGUCCCGUCCCAGAGCCACGCGCUGAGGGCUAUCACGGAGAUGGUGCGGGAUGCCUUUGACGUUGAGUUUGAAGUUCUAGGCUAUUCUUCAGUGCCUGUCUUUGAGAAUUACAUAAUCCAGGAUCCCAAAGGCUUCUAUGUGUGGGCUGGAAUUGUCUUGGAUCACAGCUUCAGGGACAGCAAGCAGCCCCUGCCACUGAAGAUCAAGUACCGCCUGCACCUGAGCAGCGUGCACAGGAACCCCUUGGCCUUGAAGGUCGCCGCCUACCAUGAGCGCCUGGAGGGCUGGUGCACGGGCCUGCGCUACCCUCUGAACCCGAGCCAAGUGCCCCGGGCCUUCGGACAUUUCGACGGGGGCCUCCCUGGAUACAGCAAGGAAGGCUUCCUGACCCUACAGCACGCGCUGGACAAGGCCAUCAUGCAGCACCACGCCCACAAUGCCACCGCCCAGAUGUUCCAGGAUCUCACGGUGCUGGUGAAGCGGUUCCCCCACAGAGCCCAGAUCCAGGACACGUUCUUGCUGGUCCUGCAGAGCGAGUUCCCUCUCUUGCUCACGCUCAGCUUCCUCUGCCUUGAGCUCAUCAUCAUCAAUUCCGUGGCCCGGGAGAAGGAGAAGAGGCUGAAGGAGUACAUGUGCAUGAUGGGGGCGAGCAGCUGGCAGCACUGGGCCACCUGGUUCCUCACGUUCUUCAUCUCUGCCCUCAUCGCCGUCUCUCUCAUGACCGUCCUCUUCUGCACGCAGGUGAACGGUGUGAUGGUGUUCAGAAACAGCGACCCUAGGUUGAUAUUCGUUUUUCUACUGUGCUUUGCCACGGCCACCAUUUCCUUUGCGUUCAUGAUCAGCACAUUCUUUCAAAAAGCCCACGUCGCAGCUGCCGCUGGGGGCAUCAGCUUCUUCUUCACUUACCUCCCGUACCUGUACUUCACGUUCAGCUACCCCCAGAGGACGCACUUCCAAAAGCUGGCCUUCUGUCUGCUCUCCAACGUGGCCAAGGCGCUGGGGGUCCGAUUAAUCUCCGCAUUUGAGAUAAAAGGCACGGGUAUGCGGUGGAAAACUAUCGGCAGUGUGAGCGGGGAGUUUAACUUCUGCCUGUUGCUGCUGCUGCUGCUGGACGCUGUCCUGUACAGCGUGGUGACCUGGUACGUGGAGGCCACUCCUGGGCGAGUAUGGUGUCCCAAGCCGUGGUACUUCUUUGUCACGUCUGUCCACUGGCGCGGACAGUCCGUGCCCCUCACAUGGCCCGUGCUGGACAUCGGGGACCCCAGCAAACCUGCGGAAAGCAAGUUCUUUCAGGAAGAGCCCACCAGUUUGGUGAAGGGGAUUGAAAUCCAGCAUCUCUACAAGGUGUAUGACACGGGACGGGACAGCCACAGAGCAGUCAAAGAUCUGACCAUGAACCUGUACCAGGGGCAGAUCACCGUCCUCCUGGGACACAGCGGAGCCGGCAAAACCACCCUGUGCUGCAUGCUGGCCGGUCUUAUUCCCCCUUCAGGUGGAUGGGCCUAUGUCAAGGGGUAUGAAAUUUCUCGCAAUAUGGCUGAGAUCUGGAGGAGCCUGGGCUGGUGCCCCCAGCACGAUAUCUUGAUCCCAGACCUCACCAUAGACGAGCAUCUUUCUUUCUAUGCUCAGGUGGUAAGCCUCUUGUGCCGAGUUUACGUAUAUGCUAGCAAAGUGCUGGCUGGACUGGUGGGCGUCUACCGGGGGAGGGCCCCCGAGACAGGAGCAGGGAGCGAGGUGCAGACAGUCCCGAGUCAGGAGAUCAAGGUGUGCACCUGGAGCCUACUCCGCAGCUGCGUGGACGCCGACCAUCUCUCAGAGCCCAGGUCCCAUUGGCGGCGGAUAUUAUAUGACUUUGGUGAAGAACCUCACUGCAACACAGAGAAGAUCUGCCGUCUGAUUUAUCACCAUAUCCCAAAUGCGGCUUUGCAGUCCAGCAAGGGAGAAGAAUUAACAUUCAUUCUUCCUAAAAAGGACACACACAGGUUUGCAUCUCUCUUCACCGAGCUGGAAGCGAGGCAGGAGGAGCUGGGGGUCGCCAGCUUCGGAACUGCGGUCACCACCAUGGAGGAGGUCUUCAUGCAGGUUAACAAGCUGUCAGACAGCAACACAGAUGUCCAAGCCCUCAAGAUCUCCUCCACGCAGUUCCAACAAAGAGUGUCUGUCAGCGGGAUUAAACGCAUCCAGUCCCAGAUCUUCUCAGUGCAGCCGGGCCUGCCAGUCCAGCUGAACACGGGGGCCUCCCUCAUCCGCCAGCAGUUCUACGUCAUGUUCCUGAAAAGGGUCACGUACUCUUGGCGCAACUGGAUGUUGAUGGUAACCAUGUAGGUCCUGGCGCCGCUGGCGAUCACUGUCUUCAGCCUGGCCUUCCUCAGCUUGGAUACGCGCAUGGAUGAGGUCCCGCUGGAACUGACCCUAAAAACAUACGGUCGAACCACCGUCCCCUUCUAUAUUUCUCCCAAUUCCAGGCUGGGUCUUCGGCUUUCGGAAUAUUUGACAAACAUGCUUGAGGCUGAGGAGCAGCUCCCUCUGGAGACCCUGGGCUCCGUGAAGGACCUCCUCCUGCGAAAGGCAGAGGAGGAGCCAGAGGUCUUUGUACAAAUAGUCGUGGCGGCUUCCUUUGAGGACUCAGGGAACCACACCACGGUGACGGCGCUGUUCAACAACCAGGAGUGCCACUCGCCCGCCGUGGCGCUGGCACUCGUGGACAACGUUCUCUUCAAGCUGCUCUCCAGGGCCAGAGCCUCCAUCACAGCCAUCAACCACCCUCAGCCCCGGACGGCCCUGGAGGCUUCGGAGGAUAUCUUGGGCCCGGAGGCACACUUCCUCAUCACCAACUUGCUUUUCGGAAUAGCGUUCUUGUCUAGCUCCUUCUCCAUCCUGACAGUGAAAGAGGGGUCCACGAAGGCCAAACACCUCCAGUUCACCAGUGGCCUUUACGUGGCCACUUUCUGGCUCUCUGCGCUGCUGUGGGACCUCGUCACCUCCUUUGUCCCCAGCCUGCUGCUGCUGGUGGUGUUUCUGUACAAGGAAGAAGCUUUCACGCACGAGGGCAACAGCACGGCCGUUCUCUUGGCGCUCACGCUCUGCAGCUGGGCCAGCACCCCCUUCGUCGACCUGGCCGGCUUCUGCUUGCACUAUGACGGCAGCGCCUUCGUCAAGCUCUUCAUCACACUCACCUUCCUGAGCAUCUGCCCCAACAUUCUCGCCCGGGUCACAAGCCAAAAAGAGCUGGGCUACGUGACAUUGCCGGACUUCUUGGACCGCACGUUUCUAUUGCUGCCAGGCCACUGCCUGGGAAUGGCCCUCUUCAACUUACACUACAACUACGGAAUCCAGAAGCUAUGCAAAGCCAGGAACCUGGACCAGCGGGAGUGUAAUCAAGUUUCAGAGGGAUACAUGGUCCAGGAGAGCAUCUACGCCUGGGAGCCUCUUGGGAUGGGGAAGUACCUGACGGCCAUGGCCAUCAUGGGCUUUGUGUACCUUGUCCUGCUCUUCCUCGUUGAAACCAACGUCUUGUGGGGGCUGAAAGCCAGGUUUCCUGACUUCAACAGGAAGCGACUACUGCAGGUGACCAUGCACGAGGCAGCGUCCAUGCCCGUAGACCAAGACGUGGAACAGGAGGCAAAGAUGGUGGAGGCGUAUUUGGAAAAGCUGCGUGCGGAAAACCCACUGGUUCUUAGAGAAGUGACAAAGGUCUACAUGCAGAAGGUGCCCCUGCUGGCUGUGAACAAGAUCUCCUUCGCGGUUCGAGCAGGGGAGUGCUUCGGGCUUCUCAGCAGCAACGGAGCUGGGAAAACGUCCAUCUUCAAAAUGCUGACCUGGGAAGAGCCCAUCACCUCUGGGGACGCCUUUGUCAGGGGCCUCAGCAUCAGCUCUCACCUGAGGGAGGUGUGGUCCCAGAUGGGCUACUGUCCUCAGUUUGACGCCCUGCUCAACCACAUGACGGGCCGGGAGACGCUGGUCUUGUACGCCCGGAUCCGGGGCGUCCCCGAGCGCCACAUCGCUGCCUGCAUGGAACAAAUUCUUGACGACUUACUCAUGCACGGGAACGCCGACAAGCUGGUGAAGACCUACAGCGGCGGCAACAGGCGGAAGCUGAGCACGGCCGUCGCCCUGCUUGGGGAGCCUUCGGUCAUCUUCCUGGACGAGCCAUCCACCGGCAUGGAUCCCGUGGCCCGGCGUCUGCUCUGGGACACCGUGGCCCGGGCCCGCGAGUCCGGCAAGGCCAUCGUCAUCACCUCCCACAGCAUGGAGGAAUGCGAGGCCUUGUGCACCCGGCUGGCCAUCAUGGUGCAGGGUCAGUUCAAGUGCCUGGGCAGCCCCCAGCACCUCAAGAGCAAGUUCGGCAGCGGCUACUCCCUGCAGGCCAAGGUGCGGGGCGACGGGCAGCAGGAGGCGCUGGAGGAGUUCAAGGCGUUCGUGACCCUGACCUUCCCAGGCAGCGUCCUGGAAGAUGAGCACCAAGGGAUGGUCCAUUACCACCUGCCCGGGGAUGACCUCAGCUGGGCCAAGGUGUUUGACAUUCUGGAGCAAGCCAAGACGAAAUUCAGACUGGACAACUACCGUGUCAACCAAGUGUUUCUGGAGGACAUUUUCCUGAGCUUCACCUGCUCUGCGCAUCCAACCAAAGAUGAACACAAACGAGGGCAAGCAGAGCCAGCAGACCAUUCACCAACCUCUCCACCUCCCUCUCCACUGCCCUCCCAGCCUCCUUCUCCACUGCCCUCCCAGCCUCCUGCUCUACUUCCCUCCCAGCCUCCUUCUUUACUGCUCUCCCAAACGGGCAGCGUGGCUCUCGUGUGCGCCCGCCCGGCUGCCCAGACGACCCAGGGGCCGGCCGGAGGGGAGGGGGGUGCUGGCUGGGGGCGCGCACGACCAGUGGAGCCGGCUCCCGGGGGGCAGGGAGGACACAGCGGGGACAGACGGGGCGACGUCCUGCCCGAGGGACUCCGGAGCCACAAUUCGCGGGAAGAAGGCGCCGGCCGAGGCGCUGGAGGGGCGGCGUUCCGGUCCCAGCCCUCUGUGGCCCGGCCGUCCGAGCAGCAGUCUCCCCGCCAGACGCGCGGGCCGGAGGCUGGGCGCGCGGCCUCGGGGCCAGGGCCAGGGGCGUGGCGGGCGCGCACAGGCCUCCGCCGACGCCGCUAG